CUGCUUCCUAAAAAUGGAGUUCCUAAUGACACGGGAGCCGGACACAGCUAUGUAAGGUAUCCGGGGCUUGGCCUGACAGCUUCUCCUGUCUGUCUCUUUGUUUUGAGUCCAGGAUUGCAAAGUUUGCUGCUUCCCACCAGCCUUGCAGAGUUUGGACUGAUCAUUAGGAAGGCAGAAGAAAGAGAAACUCAGCUCAAACUUCACCCAGGGUCUUUGGUCUCCCUCUCUUUCCAAAUAAAGAAGAAAAGAGACAUUCACCUGCCUUCCACUCCACUCCAGAGGUUUCCCUAUGAAGGCAACUUGCUGGAUUCUGGCAGGUUUUUACCUGCUUUUCUGCUGCAAGGCAGAAGAGGGACUAAAUUUCCCCACUUACGAUGGGAAAGACCGAGUGAUCGACCUGAAUGAAAAGAACUACAAGCAGGCCCUGAAGAAGUAUGACAUGCUCUGCCUGCUCUUCCAUGAGCCUGUAAGCUCUGACAAGGUCUCCCAGAAGCAGUUCCAGAUGACAGAGAUGGUCCUGGAGCUGGCAGCUCAGGUCCUGGAACCUCGGAGCAUCGGCUUCGGGAUGGUGGACUCCAAGAAAGAUGCCAAGCUUGCCAAAAAGCUAGGCUUGGUUGAAGAAGGAAGUCUCUAUGUCUUUAAGGAGGAGCGAUUGAUUGAAUUUGAUGGGGAACUGGCCACAGAUGUCUUAGUGGAAUUCCUCUUGGAUCUGCUAGAAGACCCAGUGGAGAUCAUAAACAGCAAGCUGGAGCUUCAGGCCUUUGACCAAAUCGAUGAGGAAAUCAAACUCAUUGGCUACUUCAAAGGAGAAGACUCUGAACAUUACAAAGCAUUUGAAGAGGCAGCUGAACACUUUCAGCCGUACAUCAAAUUCUUUGCCACCUUCGACAAAGGGGUUGCCAAGAAACUAGGUCUGAAGAUGAAUGAGGUGGAUUUCUAUGAACCAUUUAUGGAUGAGCCUGUUCACAUCCCCGAUAAGCCUUACACAGAAGAGGAAUUGGUUGAAUUUGUGAAGGAGCACAAAAGAGCUACCUUGCGGAAGCUGCGCCCAGAAGACAUGUUUGAGACCUGGGAGGAUGACAUGGAAGGAAUCCACAUUGUGGCCUUCGCUGAAGAAGAUGACCCGGAUGGCUUCGAGUUCCUGGAAAUCCUGAAGCAGGUUGCCAGGGAGAACACAGAUAAUCCCGACCUAAGCAUUGUGUGGAUUGACCCCGAUGACUUUCCGCUGCUGAUCACUUACUGGGAGAAGACUUUCAAGAUCGACCUGUUCAGACCACAGAUUGGGGUGGUGAACGUCACAGACGCUGACAGCGUCUGGAUGGAGAUCAGAGAUGACGAUGACCUCCCCACAGCCGAGGAGCUGGAGGACUGGAUAGAGGAUGUGCUUUCUGGGAAGAUAAAUACCGAAGAUGAUGAUGAUGAUGGUGACAACGAUGACGACGACGAUGACGAUGACGACGAUGAUGACGAUGACGACGAUGAUGACGAUGAUGACGAUUAGCUUUGACUGUGUACAGUUUGACUUGUGGGCACUGAGAGGCCUCCGCUGCAGCAGGUCACUCCAUCAGAACACCUGUGUUUGAGUGUCAGCGAGCACCUGCCUGCUCCUCCUUCCCCCUCUGCCCUGCUCCCCCUGCCUUUGCCAGGAGGCCUCACAGCCUGAUUCUCAGCGGUGCUGAGCGACCAGGACUCCCCCUGCAGUGGGUGACACCUGCAGGCACCCAGCACCGCUGUAAAUCAUGCUUCCUUAAUACAGACAAUAGGAAUUUGCAGGGAAUUUCCCCCAAAUCUCCCCAAGGUGGGAGGAAAAGUGCCUGCCCACUCACUGCCAGAAGAACACAUUGAGCCAAUUUGUAUUAUCCAUGCUCAUCAGCCCAACACUUACAUCCAAAGACCAAAUCUCAUUCAUAGAGAAGGUCACUGUAAAGUUUAGUCCUUUUAAUUAAACAAAAUAUGCUUUGCGGCUA